UAAACUAUUAUUUCAGAGUCAAGAAAUAGUUUGUGAAAACUUGGGGUUCUUUCAAUUCACAAAGAAUUUUUGGGUUUCUCAAAUGCGACGUAAACGAUCCAAAAGGCAAUCAUCAACGGAAGUGGAUAGGACAAGUUGCAAUCUUAAAGUACACCCAAAAUAUAUAGCACAACGUUUUCGGUUGUUCAGCAAAUUUGAACAAGGAAUAUCGCUAUCUGACUCGGAAAGUUGGUACUCUGUGUUACCAGAGAAAAUUGCCUCCCACGUGGCUUCACGUUGUAGUUGUGAUGUUAUUGUGGAUCCUUUCGCUGGUGCAGGUGGUUCUUGUAUACAAUUUGCAACUACUUGUACAUAUGUCAUUGCCAUAGAAAACGUGAGUUCUCGAUUGAUGGACGCUAAACACAACGCGGAAAUCUAUCAAGUCUCCAAUAAUAUUGAUUUCAUACUUGGUGAUGCCUUUCAAAUAUUUCCAAGUUUCAUAGGAAAAGUAGAUGUCAUAUUUAUUGCUCCACCUUGGGGUGGUCCUAACUAUGAAAACGGUGACUUUUUUAACUUUGGCCGAUUCCAAUAUCGACUGAGCGAAAUCGUGGAUUCGUUUCUUCAAGUAACUGAAAAUUUGGCCAUCUCUUUGCCACGUUCGAGUUCACCUCGUCAAAUAGCAAGCGCUAUUCCUGAAGGUCGAUUAUUCGAAGUCGAAUAUAAUUAUCUCAACGAUAAAUGCAAAACAAUUACUGUAUAUUUAGGAAGCCUUGUAAAGUCACUCGUUUCCUCAAUGAUUCCACAGCAGUCUCAUUCUAGUGAAGAUAGAGAGAUGGAUAAUGGGCAACGGUAUCAACCAUAAGAUGUGAAUGUUCUAUGUAGUUGAUUAUACUUGUUCUUGAUAGAUAUCUAUAUCUUAAGAAACCGAUGCAAUAUAUA